GGACACCAACGAUCUGCUCUCUCGACAACCUCUUCUCCCUCCUCCACUUCCACCUUCUCCCUUCUCCAACUUGAUACCUGGGAUUCCUUUUACCGCUGCCCCCAAAUCAUCGCCAACAUGUUUGCAGCUAGGAAUCUCCUUUCCCGCGCCGCCGGGGGUUCUCUCAGGAAGCCCGUCGUCAACGUACCCCGAGUAACAGCUUUUCAAUCUUUGAAGAUACAGCAAAAAAAUUAUUCCAAUGGCGGUGCGAAAGAUUACACGGUGAGAGAGGCUUUGAAUGAAGCGCUUGGUAUGUUGCUCCCCGUAAUUGCUGAAUUGUGUUGGGGUUGCCUCCACUAACGACUUCCACCAGCUGAGGAAUUGGAGAGGGACGAGAAAGUCCUCAUUAUGGGUGAAGAAGUAGCUCAGUACAACGGGGCUUAUAAAGUCACCAAGGGGCUGUUGGAUCGCUUUGGUGAGAAGAGAGUUAUCGACUCGCCGUUAGUUUUCUGACCUGAUUAUCUGGAGGGUUAUACUAACCUUGCCCGAAGAAUCACGGAGCACGGUUUCGCUGGCCUCGGUGUUGGUGCCGCUCUCGCUGGCCUCAACCCCGUGGUUGAGUUCAUGACUUGGAAUUUUGCCGUAUGCCUAUCGUCCAAUUUUGCCGACGCCCCAACCGAUACUGACCAAGACCAGAUGCAAGCAAUUGACCAGAUUAUUAACUCGGGAGCUAAGACACAUUACAUGAGUGGAGGCAUCCAGCCCUGCAGCAUUACUUUCCGUGGACCUAAUGGAUUUGCCGCUGGCGUAGCGGCUCAGCAUUCUCAGGUAAGUGAUUCAACAAUCUCCGCCUCUACUUCUAGACGCGAGCGCAGAAUUGACGCAGCUAUAGGAUUACUCUGCCUGGUAUGGCAGCAUACCGGGAUUGAAGGUAGUUACGCCCUGGAGCGCGGAAGAUGCCAAGGGUCUGUUGAAGGCUGCCAUCAGAGACCCUAACCCAAUAGUGGUAUGGUUCCCACCCCCCGACUUUGACGGGCGGUGUGCUAAUCGGGCAGUCUUGUAGGUCCUUGAGAACGAGUAGGUCCCUUUGGGGAUUUCGUCUUUAGGGUAGAGGGAAAUACUAAGUUUGUUUUUAGGUUGCUUUAUGGACAGGCUUUCCCUAUGUCAGAGGAGGCCCAGAAGUCUGACUUUGUUCUACCCGUUAGUCCCAAUCAAAUCUCUUUGGCAAGAGGCUCUAGUGCUAAUAUUUUCCUUCGUUCAUAGAUCGGAAAGGCUAAGAUCGAGCGAGUGGGGAAAGAUGUCACUCUAGUGGCGCUCUCUCGCUGCGUUGGGCAAGCCCUCACAGCGGCAGAGACUCUAAAGAAGAGACAUGGAGUUGAGGCGGAAGUUAUCAACCUCCGUUCCAUCAAGCCUCUUGAUGUCGAAACCAUCGCAAAAUCGGUCAAGAAAACCAAUCAUCUGAUCGCUAUUGAGAGCGGCUUCCCUAGCUUCGGGGUUGCCAGUGAGAUACUUGCCCUGAGCAUGGAAUACAUGUUUGAUUUCUUGGAUGCCCCGGCCCAGAGAAUCACCGGCGCGGAGGUCCCAACUCCAUACGCAAUUGGCCUUGGUUAGUUCCCCGCAUCCGAUCGUUUUGAGAACUCUUACUAACAUACCAUAGAGCAAUUGUCUUUCCCCGAUGAGGACCUCAUGGUUAAGAAGACCGAACAGCUGCUGAGGCUUUAAGAGAGGAAAAUGUGGGUGGCCAGGAGUGGGGUUCGGGAGCGGUGGGGCCAGCGGGGUAAGCUUUUGACAGCUAAACACUCUUUAAGUUACCCCCCUCGGCGAUGUUAGCGGUGUUAGGUCUCUUCUUUUUCAAAUUUCCUUCGCAAUCAUGAGACUUCUUCUGUUCUAUUGGAUGUAUAUGUGAAGUGCAUGCUCAUUCAACUCUUCCGGAGAUUGUUUUUUCUUCCUUUCUCUUUUUUCCUAUUUAUUAUAUGAUUUACGAGUUAAGCGGGGUACUGGCGGUUUGAAUUGGGCUUUUAUUAUCUUCCUGUGUAGAAUAAUCUUAGACAUCCAUUUGAUAGAGAAGGCUCUUUCUAGC